AACCACCUUUUCUCCUCACCCUUAUAUAUUUUUUUUCCCCUAACUAGCUGGUAGUUCCACUCUAGGCGUCGAAGCCCAUUUCAUUCCUUGCUCUCAUAAUGAAGUUUCUCAGCUGGAUGCAAAAUAAAAUUGGUGGAAAACAAGAUAACAAAAAACCAAACACAUAUACACCUACUUAUGAUGGAAAACAAGAGGGUCGAGAAGAAUUCAGCGAUUUGCCUGAUGGUUUACUAGCAAUUGGUACAUUUGGAAAUAACAAUGAAAAGGCUGCGGAUCCAUCCUUGUCUGAAGAAAUAGCAGACUUCACUCCUGAAGAAAUCGGUAAACUACAAAAAGAGUUAAUCAAACUGUUGAGACGAAAACCCAAUGCGGAAAAGGAAAUUGCUGAGCUUCCUCUCGACAGAUUUCUCAAUUGUCCAUCAAGCUUGGAGGUUGAUAGGAGAAUCAGCAAUGUACUUUGCAGUGAUUCAGAAGACAAAGAUAAAGAAGAAGAAGAAGAAGAAGACGACAUAGAGAAGACACUUAGCGUCAUACUUAGAAAAUUCAAAGAGAUUUGUGCAAAUAACGGCAAGAAAGCAAUUGGGAAAAAAUCGAUUUCGUUUUUGCUGAAGAAGAUGUUCGUUUGUAGAAGUGGAUUUGCUCCGGCACCUAGCCUUAGAGACACCCUUCAGUUCCAAGAGUCAAGAAUGGAGAAGCUUUUAAGGACUAUUCUUCACAAGAAAAUAAACUCCCAACAUUCUUCUCGGGCACUACCCCUCAAGAAGCGCCUCAAGAUGCCAAAGGAGGAUGAAGCAGAUGAGAGAGCUGAGACUGAUGAUGGCUGUAAAUGGGUCAAGACUGAUUCUGAAUAUAUUGUUUUAGAGAUUUAAGUUCACCUCAAAUUUUAAGAGCUCUUUCUUUGCGUGUCUGUCAGCCAAGGCGAGGAAAGGAUAUACAACCAUUACGGGGGAGCGUGAAAUGGAGCUCAAUUUUUUUUUAAUAGUUUAUCUGUUAUCUUGCACCCAGAUCAGCUGUAUCUCUCUGCUUCCCUUGUUUUUUUUUCAUGGUUGUUUCUGCGGAUGCGGAGCGACUCAUGUUAUACUUAAUCGUAAAAUGGAUAACUGAUAAGCUAGACAGACACAUUCUGGACUCUUUUAUCUGCUAAUUUCAUAUCUACUCU